GCCAUUGCAUUUAUCGAGGGAAAAUAAAACGCGAUAAAUUACAUAACGUUUGAAUGUCAAGUUAUUGGAAUUCCUCUUCGUUAAACGAUGUUGUUCAAUUGAAUUUUUCGCGUGUUCUAUUUGAUUAUUAGUAACAAUCAAACACGGCUAAGGAUAAGUCGAAACUUUCAGUGACUUUCGAAACCGUUGAUAGAAUAAACGAACACGCAAUGGCCAAACUUCUAGCAACUUUGAAAGCAAUAAUAACGAGGCUCGUUUUCGCUGCUCACGGCUUCGUCGCUAUUUGGCAAGUGACUACGUUUAAAAAAAAUCCUCUCUACUGGUAUCUGAGUUGUCCGAUUCUCCUCCUAUUCUUCGAAGGGAUAUUCACGCUAACCAUAAAGGAAAAUCAAGAGUGGAAGUGGUUCUGCCCCUCAGUAUUUCUCUACCUCAGCAGUGUUGUACCGGCCAUAUGGCUUCUGGAAUUGGACAAGGUGGACAGACGCCUAAAAAUGCGCGAUUCCAACAUCAAUCUUACGGACAAUUUGAAUUUCACUAAUCUUGCUGGGGCGGAUUUAAAAAACUUGGAAAAAGCUCUCGGCAUGAACAUCAGGUUACCGGAUAUUCAAAUAUCGACCGAGACCUGGGUGACCCUGAUCGAGCAAUUCUUGAUGCUUAUUUUGAUAAUCGGUCGUUGGAUGCUCCCCAAGGGUGAAUUGACGCGAGAUCAGCUAAGCCAACUGUUGCUUGUCUACAUUGGCACCGCCGCAGACAUCAUCGAGUUCUUCGACUCAUUCAAGGAGGGAAAGAUCGCUCAGGAACCCCUGUUGGUGUACCUUACAUUGGCGAUCUGGGCUUGGUCGUUGAUGCAGUUCACGGUAGUUCUGACAGCAACAAAGUCGAGGAAAUCUCGAUUAUCGUCCGGAACGACGGUGAAGCGGAAACGGGGCGUCCGGGCUCAGGAGACGAGCUGCUGCAGCAUCGACGUCUGGGGAAUCGCAUUGAACAUGGCGCUGCAAGACGGACCGUUUCUCGGUUUCCGUCUGAUUCUAAUAAUCCAUUACCAGAUAGUCAGCUACAUGAAUAUCUUUUUCACCUGCAAAAACACCCUGGUCAUACUCCUCCAGCUGUACCGACUUUACGUCGUUCAGAGUGAGGGUAAGAUCAGGCGGAAGGAGGAGAAUCUUGGAAAGCGCGAGGCUCAAUCCGCCAACAUCAGUAUUAUAUCUCGAAGCACUCCGACGUCUAGGAAACGGAAACGCGAAGAUCACGGAUCCAGACGCCCCAGGAGGGAUCAGGACUCAGAGAGUGACGAGUCCACGCAAGAAACCGACAGAUACGAACUCUCCCCGAGAAAUCUUGAGGCCGCGACGAGGGCAAGGACGAGGAGCGGUCGCCAGGACACGGGCUACUCGACAUCGAGUUCCCGGACAUCGUCAAAGCAGGACAAGCUCCAGAAGCGUGAGAACAAGAAGAAACCGACAAGUUCCAGGCGGGGGAAUUCGACCGACGAAGAGCGUCGCGGUAAGCGGUCCGAGCCGAAGAAGAAGAAGCGGAAGCGAUCCGUGGAACACAAGGAUAGCGUCAAAGUCGGAAGCGGUGUGGAGAAGGACAGUCCAAAAGAGAAUCGGCGAGGCAAGGUUCGGUGCGCUGAAAAAAAGGAGAAAGAGAAAGAUAGUAAGGGCCGUCGAAGGCGUCGCGAGGCCCCCGAUCCCGAAGAGGGCGAGGAGGAAGAGGAAGACGAGGUACAGCGGACGGCCACCGAGACUGAGGACGAGGACGACGAAGAGGGAAGAAUCCGGCAUCGAUCUUCGUCUCGUUCUUCAGCUGCUCGGAGUUUCGGAAGCGACUCUGAGGGCGCCAGAAGGUACAGGCGGCGGAGGCGUGGGCACGAGGUUCGCGAUUGACAACGGAGUCUCGGCAUCGUGGCGAUGUUCUUCCUCUAUCUUAUCAUCCUCGUGAUCUGCAUGCUUUUCAUUCACGCCGGUAUAAAUGACGGCCUUGUUCUGACGUCGAGAACUCGUCGUCAGUUCUUCUCCUCGCCUGGUCAAUAAGGAUCUUAUCAGGAAGUUGACUAGGACGGUUUAAGCACAACCCUGUUCUUCGGCCCCUCGUCAGACCAGAUCCAAUUGUUUCAGCCAGGCUGAAACGGGCUACAUUUAUUAAUAAAUAGAACACAUUCGAUUGAAUCUAUUCUAAUGUGAGAUAUUGUGACUAAUGCUAGAGUUUUAGAUGUUUACGCGUAGAUGCGGAGUUAGAUUUGAUCUGCAGGUGAGCGUCUGCAUUGUGCACGCAUUGUGCAUUGUAGAGAAUUAUAUCGAUUAGUGUUGUUCCAACGUUUUAACUGUGGAUUUUCCAUUUGAUUGACA